CCCUUAUCUAAAUUCCUGUGGCGGCAAGAGAGUUAAGAGAGCCAGAGCCCGAGAGAGAGAGAGAGAGGGAGGGAGGGAGCGAAGAAGUUACUCAUUUUCGUCUUCUCCAAUUUUCUCCGUUUCAAGUGAGUAUUAUUCCUCCUAAUGCCAACAUGUCCAUUACAACAACAAUAACAGUAACGGGAAGCAAUAGUAGAUUGUACUAUUACAACCACAUAAAAUGGGAAAAUCGCCAACAACAACAACAACAACAACAACAACACUGCUUUCGUGUGAUACACUCUUCUUCUGAUUCAAAACCAGGGCGCGGCUUUGGGCGUCAAUCCACUAAUAAUAAGGACUACAAGGCAAACAAAGAGACCACCUCUCGUGGGGAGCAGGAUCUAGUAUUAGAAAAAAGGAUCGGGUGUCCUGGAGACAGAUUGGGAUUGGGAUUGGGAUUGGGAUUGGGAUUGGGAUUGGGAUUGGGCGUAGGGAAAUCAUCUACCAAACUACCUGGCACUACGAAUAGGGCACCUGGGUUGAGUUUUCGAACUGAUGGAAAAUCAAGCAAUAUUGCCAUGGAUCUGCAGUUUGAGGAACGUGUGGAAGCAGUUAAAAGGUCUGCACUUGAGCAGAAAAAGAUUGAUGAAAGUAAAGAAUACAGAGCAAUUGACUAUGAUGCACCAGUUGAAUCAGACCCUAGUACAACUGGACUUAGUACUAAGAUUGGAAUAGGAGGUGCUAUUGUGGUCUUCGGGUUGGUUUUUGCUCUUGGAGAUUUUCUGCCGACAGGAAGUGAUAGUCCCAUUGAGGAGGCCACGAUUGUCAAUAGUAAACGCUCAGAAGAAGAGAGAACAAAUCUUCAGGUAAAAAAUUGUUCAAAAUAGCUUACAAAUUAUUUA